UGUCAUCCUGUUGAUGUUCGCGCUUUCGAAAAAACGAUUAAUAAUUGUAAUUAAUUACUGAAUGUUCUUUAAGAAUCCAGAGUGUCCUUGUAAGCACAUCUCGCUAUGUAAUGUUCGCCUCGGCGCCAGCAUCGCCACAGUUUGGCCAGCUCCUCAGCAAUGCGGUGCAGGCGACAGGACAGCUGGCUGUGCAGGCUGCGGGAGAGGUGGCAGGGAUCACUCACACACUCGCACGAUACGCUCACGACUUCGACAUGUUCCCGGACAAGUCUAAACAGGUGCAACGUAACUACACGCUAACUGAGGUGCAGCGGUGCAACGGUGUGGCGGGAGGCUGUCUGUUCGUCGUGUACAAGGGUUUGGUGCUCGAUCUCACCGAGUUCGCGCCCUAUCACCGUGGUGGGUCCAGCGUGCUGCAGGAGUGCGCGGGCGGUGAUGCGAGCGCCGCCAUGCUAGCAUCUGGUAUGUCGCCGCAGGUCUACGAGCUGUUCCUCAAGAGAUUCCAAGUGGGGAGACUGGUCAGUACCAUAAGCUGAAGCUCUGCUGACCGCGGCUCUAUCUACUAGGUAAAAAUAUGAACAAUGCGGAAUAAAUCUACUGAACUUUAUUGUUUAGUUGAGAGUUGUCCUCGGAGAUCUGGAGUCAGCAUGUUUAAUCAAUA